UUCUUAUUGGUCAGUGGCAGUAGGUUAAACAGAGGAUCGUAUUUUUGUUCCUGUGUCAACGAAAAGAAGAAAAAGAUCACUAGUCAGUCAUACCCGGCUAAGUUUUCGUCAAAGAUAGUUUCUUUUUUUCGAAACUGUUCUUAUUUUGACACCCGCCACAUCUAUCAGAAACAAUUUUGAAGAUGAACUCCAAUGUAGAGAAUUUGCCCCCUCACGUUCUUCGCUUAGUAUACAAAGAGGUUUCAGCUUUAGCAGCAGACCCUCCUGAAGGCAUCAAGAUUUAUCCCAGUGAGGAAGACAUAACUGAACUGCACACAGCCAUAGAAGGACCAGAGGGAACUCCAUUUGCUGGUGGCAUUUUCCGAAUGCGUCUGGUCCUUGGGAAGGACUUCCCUGCGGUUCCACCUAAGGGAUAUUUCCUCACCAAAAUUUUUCACCCCAACGUGGGUCACAAAGGAGAGAUCUGUGUCAAUGUGUUGAAGAGAGACUGGAAGGCAGAACUCGGCCUCAGACACAUCUUGCUUACAAUUAAGUGUCUUCUCAUCCAUCCAAACCCAGAGUCGGCUCUUAAUGAAGAGGCUGGGCGUUUGCUUUUAGAGAACUAUACCGAGUAUGAGUCUCGUGCACGUCUGCUCACAGAAAUCCAUGCCAUGGGGGGGUCCGGUGGGACCUCUGGGGCACCUCAGGACCCUAAUGAUGGCCCACAGCCAAAGAAACAUGCAGGUGACCCCACAAAGAGAGCUGGACCCAGUGCAGCAGCUGUGCCAGCUGCUUUAGGUAAUGGAGCUAAUGGAGCCAGUACCACCAUCAGCAACAGCAGUAGUAGCACUGGUAAUCUAGCAGUAAAAAAGAAAGCAGAUAAAAAGCGAGCAUUGAGGCGACUUUAAUACCUCAGCAAAGAUUUCAGUGCGUGAGUGAGUGAGUGUGUGUGUGUGUGUGUGUGUGUAAAUAUAAAUAUUGAAGUGUGCUGAUUUAUGUUUUUGUUCUCUUUCUUUUUGACUCUAUCACUGAUUCAGGCUGUCUACUUAGUACUCUUCUAUUUUGUCCUGUUGGCAUCACAGAUGUGUUAAUAAUUUCCAUACCUAAACAUGAAUGAAAAUUAUUUUUUUUCCUCUUUUUUAAAAGGAAGUAUGCAGCCUUGGACAUCAUGCCAUUGGUUGCUGUUUUUUCUCUUGUGGCCUGUUCUUAAUGAAUGACACAAGGAAUGAUUUUCAAUGUUUAAAACACAGUCUGUUGUCUGUUCAUUGGUGACACAAUUCCUGUUGUCUCAGACUUGAUAGCAGACCUUUUUUAAAAUGUGUCUUGGAGUUACUGCUGUGAUGGUACUGUGUACUGCUCAGCCAGGUUCAUCAUUGAGUCUAAACAAAGAUGUUACAUUAAUUAAAAUCAGGUUUCCAAAUUUGGCUUAUUCUCCCACAGUUUUACUAAAUGUCACGGGGUAAGAAUUGCGAAUAUCACAUGGAAUAGUAAUCUCUGUAUUCAUUGGAGAAGUCUGGAAAGAUGAGUAUCUUUUAUAAUAAGCCAGGCCCAAUUUAUUUUGGUGACACUUUCACUGUCCAGUAUUUUCAAAAGUUGUUUAUAAUUGAUAUGUCCAUAUUCAGCUGUCUUGUGGUUGUGUGUAAAGACAUAGAUCAGUGGCUGUAAAGGAACAGGGUAGGUUUCCAGACAACUUUAUAUAAAAUGAAUCAUGUAGACUCUGGAUUAAACGGUGGUGUGACUCACUCGAAAUUGCCCUGCUUCUUUACAAAGCAGCGUGUGCGAUGACAUACCCAGCUCUCCGACCAGCCAUUUGGGUACUAGAGAAGACAUCAAUAGCAAAACUUCCACAUUUGAUAGAACUCGUCUCCCCAUCCGGUGUGCUGGCAGGGUUUCCUGGGCAGGUUUUCCCUGCUCUAAAUGCUUGCAGGGCCUACAUUUCCCAAGGAAACACACUGAGGCACUGUCUUCAUUUGAGUGGAAAAGGUGCCUCUGAAACUCCUGUUGUGCAGACUUGGCUGGAUAUUUUGUCAAUUUUAAAUUAUUUAAAUUAAUAAAAUGUUGAAAUUUGAGAAGUGAAACAAAA